CUUCCUUCAUUCGCAUUUCACAUCACUUGCAGUGACGACGUGCGACGAGCUAAACAGCGACGAGGAGGCCUUUUCCGGUGUUCGUAUUGUUAGUGGUGCACGUGUCUAAGUGUAACAAAAUUGAAUUGAAAGGUAAUUAUUAUUGAAUGGAUAAUUCCUUGUGUUUAAAGUAAAUCAACCAUACAAAUUCUUUAAUUUGCUGAGUGCUACAUACUAGGAAGUAAGAAAAUAUGGUUGGGUCACGUGUAUAUGUCGGCGGUCUACCGUUCGGCGUCCGAGACAGGGACUUGGAGAAGUUUUUCAAAGGUUUCGGCAGGAUAAGGGAUAUCCUCAUCAAGAACGGCUAUGGAUUUGUGGAAUUUGAGGAUUAUCGUGAUGCAGAUGAUGCAGUUUAUGAACUUAACGGAAAAGAACUACUAGGAGAAAGGGUGGUGGUGGAGCCGGCCAGGGGCAUCGACCGCAGCGCCGACCGUUACCGGCGCGACCGCUACUACGAGCGCGACCGCGGCCGGUCGCGAUACGAUGACUACAGUUACAGAUACGGCCCGCCGACGCGCACCGAGUAUCGACUAGUCGUCGAGAAUUUGUCUAGCCGCAUUAGCUGGCAGGACUUGAAGGAUUACAUGCGUCAAGCUGGUGAAGUCACUUACGCUGACGCUCAUAAGCAGCAUAGAAACGAAGGUGUGGUAGAGUUUGCCACCCACUCUGAUAUGCGCGCGGCUAUUGAGAAGCUGGAUGGAACGGAACUGAACGGACGACGAAUCCGUCUGAUUGAGGCUAGACGUGGCUCUCGUCGUCGCACUCGCUCCUCGUCAAGUCGCAGCCGAUCCCGCUCCCGAGACCGCAGACGCAGCCGAUCCAGGUCUCGCUCCCGUCGCUCCUCCCGUAGCCGCUCUCGCUCCAAAUCUAGGCCAAAGAGCAAGAGCCCAGUCGUCAAGUCCCGCAGCAGAUCCCGAUCCAAGUUCAACUCUAGAGUCACUUGUCUAGUAGUGGACGUAACUAAACCCAGCUAUUACUACCAUUUCUGGCGUUCGUUUUCGGCGUCGAUUAGGGAUCGCAGUCGUUCGAAGUCGCGGUCUCGCUCGGCGUCCCGUAGAUCUGACCGUCGGUCGGCCUCCCGUAGGUCUGACCGUCGCUCGGCGUCUCCACGGCCCUCGGCAGAGAGGAACGGCGGGAAGUCUGCCUCCAGGUCUAAGUCCCGAUCACCGAAAGCUGCCUCCAAGGAAAGGUCUCGCUCUCGCAGCAAGGAGGCGUCGCCGAAGCGUGAGGAAGAACGUCGUCCGAGCAAGUCUCAAUCUCGCUCCCGAUCCCGCUCUCGGUCCAGGUCCCGCGACCGCUCAGCUUCUCGUGAUCACUCCGCCUCUCGAUCGCGCUCUGGAUCGCCGCGACAGAAUGGCGACGCGCAAGACCGCGCGAGUACAGAUAGGUCGCCGCGUAGUGGUGACUAGAGCGACCCUAGUUGUAAGCUUCAUAGAUUUAUUUGUCUAUAGUUUUAACAAGUUCGUGACCUCAACUAUAGUAACAAUAUUGUUCUUUCUGAUUCUUAGCAUCCAUAUCAAUAUUGAAAGUAAACUAGUUUUCACUACUUUUAGUAGCACUUUAUAUAGUUAGGAUACUUUUCAGGUGUUAAUCCGAAAGCUUCAUGUUGAAGUUUGGAUGUAACACCCAAUCUGUUAUAUCUCCAAACAUUUUUAAUAAUAGAAUACUUAGAAAUUGUUGUAUAAGUAUGCAAUUAAUUUGGUAUCAUAAAUCUGAUCUCCAUCAGCAUAAAGUACAAUGUCUCACUAUAACAUUCUUACACUAUCUCUAGCAUUAUGCUAAUGCUUUGUUGAAGUCACGAUGGUUGAAUAUAAGAUUCUUAUAUUGUGCACCGUGUUUGAUAUUUUUUGUCUCACACGAGUGAUAGAUGUCUUUGUCUAUAUAUAGGUUAUUUAGGGUCGCUUUAUGGGCUAGUGGGCAAAUAGAUACUUAUUUAUGUAAGUAAACAAUUUUACUGAAUUCUUGACUGUAAUAAUUUAAUUUUGUUAAUUGUGUUAAAAAUGAUGUAUAAUUUUUAUUUUCUGUAAGUCAUUUGAUGCAUUUUUAUCUGAAAAGAUAGUGGUGUCAGUAUUUGCCCAUACUUUAAGUGAAAGUAAGAAAGUUUGACGAAAUUUUCUAAUUACCUAUUUUUUUGGUAAAAGAUGUAACUACAUAAGAUUUAAUUCUACAUCUUUAAGACAAUUCUACUUGGUAGGCUAAUUUUGUAAAUAGUAUAUUUGUUACUAAUAACCAAAUAAUAAAUAAGGCUAUACCAAUUUUAUUUGUUUUAAUUUAUUUUCGUACGCAUCCUAGAAUUUCAUCGUCUGUCUCUGACACCAGGUCCACACACAACAAAAUGGGGCACGUUAUUAUGUGGUUUAAUAACGAAAAUGUUAUAGGGUUUUUAUUAUCCAUGUAAAACAAAUGUUUAUAGAAAAUACAAAUC